AACAAACAAUGGCUCUCCCGUGUCGGUUUGCGGCGCGCAGCUGCGCUCGCCAGUUGCGAUCAGCGACCUCUCCUCGAUCCUCCGCACAAAUGCUCCGAGCGUCAUGCACAACGAGACGGUACAACUCAACAGAGGCCGCCGCAAACCCCAAGAUUGCCGACAUUGUCGACCAGAUCAGCAAGCUGACGCUGCUGGAGACUGCCGAUUUGGUCUCAAGCCUAAAAAGCACCCUGAACAUUCCCGAUAUGCCCAUUGGCGGCUUUGCUGCCGCUCCUGCUGCCGCCGCCCCCGCUGCUGUUGAGGAGGCCGAGGAGGCCCCUGCUGCCCCUGCCGAGAAGACCCUCUUCACCCUGAAACUACAGUCAUUCGACGCCGCCGCCAAGGCCAAGGUCAUCAAGGAAAUCAAGGGCCUGCUGGGCUUGAGCUUGGUGGACAGCAAGAAGUUUGUCGAGAGCGCACCAAAGAUGAUGAAGGAGAACGUGCCCAAGGAGGAGGCCGAGAAGAUUAUCGCCACCUUGAAGGAGCUUGGCGCCGUGGUCGGAAUGGAGUAAAGAGGAUGGGGAGAGAAAAGAAAGGAAAAAAUAUCUUGGGAGCACUAGCAUGAUCUUUAUGACACGAUAGAUGGUCGAGGUACAUGUACAACAAAAAAUUUAUGUAUUAUAUAUCAAAGAAGAGAUUCAAUUUUUUUCUC